AUGAGUACUAUUUUUUCAGGGAUGUGGAGAUUUUUACAUUGGGGUCCGAUAACGGCAUUGAGCAUUAUAAAAGUAAUAACUUUAACCGCUCUCUAUAUGAACUCAAUGUGGUGGCCGCCGAAUGCCAGUUUGGGUGGCUUCAUUAACCAGGGACUCUUUCUGAUGCUGUCGUCAUUAGCUACGUUUAACUAUGUUAUGGCGACUUUAACAGGACCUGGUCUACUGCCUAAAAAAUGGAAACCAAAAAAUCCGAGUGAUGUCGCUCAAUUACAAUUCUGUAAGAUUUGCCAAGGCUACAAAGCGCCCCGUUCACAUCACUGUCGCAAAUGUAAUCGCUGCGUUAAGAAAAUGGAUCAUCAUUGCCCGUGGAUAAAUCACUGUGUGGGCUGGGCAAAUCACGCAUAUUUCACAUACUUUCUUACCUUCGCCAUUUUGGGCAGUUUUCAAGCAUCCAUAAUACUGGGUUUUUCCUUCUAUCGCGGUGUACAUCGCUAUUGGUAUCUGACGCACGGUUAUACGCACAUGGCCACAGUGCAGUUCACAAUGGCCAGCAUAAUAAUGAACAUUAUAGCCACAGGAUUGGCAAUCGGUGUUGUCAUCGCCUUGGGUAUGUUGCUCUACAUACAGCUUAAAUCGAUUCUAAAAAAUCAGACGAGCAUCGAGAUGUGGAUUGUGGAGAAGGCAGUUUAUAGGCAUUACUGCAAUCCAGACGAUGAUGAUUUUGUGUAUCCGUACGAUUUGGGCUGGCGCGAGAAUUUACGACAGGUGUUCUGCAAACGACUUGUAGCAGCUGGUCAAGGCAUUGUGUGGCCUGUGCUAGAUGGUUGUGACCAAUACACCUUAACGCGCGAGCAAAUCGCACAAAAAGCAGAGAAACGCGCACGCACCAAAACCUAUCGGUGCAUACGUCCAGCAACAGGUCGCUUCCUGCCGCUCUUCUCACAAGGUUUGCGUGUCUGCCUGUCGCCACCGUGUACUGAUGAAUCACGUAUUCGACUCGAGCCUGGUGACGUAAUCAAAGUAACACGUUUCCGCCAGCAUUGGCUGUUCGGCGAACGAGUAGUGUGUGAUGCAGAAUUGAACAUGCCGGAUUUACAGCGCAAGGGACCAAUACGUGGGUGGUUCCCACGUCGUUGUGCUAUUGAGCUAAUACAACCUGAGGAUUACUUUGACCAAUCGGACGAUGAAGCAGAUAGUGGGGGCUACCCUCAGUCAGAGUUGGUAACUAAAAUCACUGCAGAACUGAAUAGUAUCCCAAAUGGCGUGCCAAAUAUGUGUAAUAAAUCGCUUGUCAAUGGCGGAAGCAAGUCACAAAAUCAGAAUGGUCAACGAAAGAAGAACAAAUGAUGACGUAGCAUGGAUAGCUAGAUUCGAAAGGAGAAUAUGGGAAAGUACACAAGUGCAAUUUUCAGUCGUUAUGUGGACCGUAUUUUUACAUUGUCAGGGGUUUUUAAAUUGACGCGGGAGGUUAGCGUGUUGUAUCAGUCAACUACUUCCAAGACUUCUUAGUGCUUAAAUAUAAUUUAUCUGCAUAAGCCAUAUACUUACAUACAUACAUAUUUAUAGUAUAUAGACAGAUGAACUAAUGCGUAGUAUACUGCAUAACUGAAACUAUUUAUAACUAUUUUUAAUGCUGUUUACAUAUACACAUAUACAAACAAACACAUUUAUGAUAUAUAUAUAUAUACAUAUAUGGUCUCAUCUUGUAGUGUAAUAAAGGCAAUUGCUGCAACUAAUGACA